CUUGCCUCUCCCCUUCGGUCCUUCCCUCUGCCGCCCCCUCCCCCAUGGCCGGUCUCUUGCUCGACGAAUAGCCUCUUCCACCAUUCGGUUGUCUCAAGCCGAGCCCGGCCCCCGGAUGCCGGUGGCUCUGGACCCCCGACCGAGCCCCCCUUCCCGGAUCUCGUCACCGACACAGCACGACUUGUUGCCCUCUCGCAUAUGUUGGUUCCCAUGUGCGCCGGGGAUCCGGCCGCACAAGAUGCCGCCAUGUCCUUCGAUACGUCGCAGCCAUCCGGCCUCUCGCAAUCGUCCUCCCAGGCCGCCUUCGGGCUCGGCGAUCCGGGCUCCGGGCCCGAUGGGUCGCUUUCGACUCAGGGAUCCGCCUCGCCGGGCGGGAGCCGGGGCUUGCCAGCUUCGCUGGCUGGUCGCGACCUUGUCCGCCUGGCCCUGGAGCAUCUGGACUUCCUGGACCCCUGCCACUUGACAGGACUCCUUCCCGCCGCGACGGGGGCCGCAAACGCCUUUGCCCGGCUGACCCAUGCAUGCCGGCUUCCGCCGAUCCUUCGGCUGACCAGCGGCCCCGGUAGCCCGAUCGUCUACUUUGUUCGGCAAGUUGGGGUCUUGACCCCGACCUCGAUGUCCGCCUCCGGCUCGGCCGGAUGCCAGGUGUACUUUUCCCAGCCAUACCGCCUGUGUAUCGUCGACUCGCCGGUUCCCUUCUGCGGAUGCACCCACUUCCGCGCAGGCGUCCAACAAGGCACCAUCCCUACCUGCCCGCACAUCCUGGCCAUCCGGAUUGCGCUCGAUUCUCCCAGUGCACGCGAGACCUUGAUUCACAGCCUCCGGCUUUCUCCGUGCAGCUCCACCGCUCCCGGCGACGACGCCAGGACCGGUGUUGAGAUGGCCCAACUCACUGCCCUGCUGGCCUCCUCGCAACAUGUGUCCAUCCUGAGCCUGGCGCCUGUUGGCGAGGACCCCCCCGGGCCCCCGUCGACUCGGAGGGCGACCCCCUGUCUGGUGUCAUGCCCCAGUACUGGGCGGAUACCAGCCUCACUGGUGCCUUUCUGAAGGUGAGGGGGGCGAAAAAAAGCCCCCAGUACCUCGUGCUUUUUUUUUUUUUUCAUCCUCUCCCCCUCCCGGGGCCCUUCGGCAAAUGGACACUUGGCUGGCUGUCUCCCAUCUCCGGUGCCUUUCUCAUGGCCCUCCCCUCCCUUGCAAGCAGGACCCAUCACACGCACGCACAAGCACACACACACACA